AUGAAAGGAGAGUGGGAUACUGGUGCAAAAAAGAAAGAAAAAAAGGACAGAAGUAAGAAAGACGUAACUGAAGAUGGGAAAGGUGAAUCCACUGAAAAGAAGAAGCAUGUUUCCCUUAAAUCCGAGACGGAAAUGGAAUUGGAAGAGGACGAAGAGGAAGGCCCACCCAUGGCUAUUGAAGGUAUCGUGCGCCUUUGCCUGCCGUUGGAAAUUCAAACCGUGCUAGAAUGCGUUAUAGGAGAACAAUGCACUCUGGACUCGCCUUGGGUGGAAGUGCGAAAAGCUGCAAUCCAAGAAAACAUUGGAACCCUUAAGGCGGAGUCACCGUUCUACGACAGCAGAAUUGCAAUUACCACGUACCCUGGAGAUAGGAUGUUCAUCGGGUGGGAUGUGUUAGAAGAAGCAGAAAACCAAUUUCUACUGUGCUUGACGAAAGAGGCUCGAGAAGAGAUUCUUGAAGUGUUGGAGCAAAAGAGAAUAGCUGUAGAGGAGCGCUUGGGGAACGCCGUCUUGAAGAGUAUCAAGGAAUGGAAGUCACUCGGAACGGAAACAUUCUUAGAAGAGGCUGCUAUACGGGACACGAGACCAAAACUGAAGACAAAAAUGUUGACAGAACGGGACAUAGACAAAUCACAGGCACCCGCCGAUUUUGAAGACGAAGGAGGCGACGGGGAAGACGACUUCAGUUUCAAGUUCUUCCCCAAAGAACAUUUGAAAUCACAACGUAUCGCGAGGAAGAGGUACGAUAACUUCUGUCAGGCGAGUCCACCUGUGACUAACCGAGAGGCACAGACGUACACUGCCAUUCCGAGACACACCUGGUCACAGUAUGAGUACACAGUGGACGUAGGAGCGGGGACGUUACAAGAAGAAGUCGUAGAAAAGCUUGAAGGCUACUUGAGUUCGGUGAUGGACAAUGUAGAGAGUCAACUCACUUACAACGCCGUCCUAGACUUGUACUGCGAUGACUACGGCAGGAUUGGCGUUGGGGCUCAAGACUAUGAGGUUCGCGAGAAAGUCGUUUUCGAGGAGUACGAGAACUUUAUCGAUGUGCAGCACUGCAAGGAGAGGGUGGUGACGUCAGUGGCGUGGCACCCGACACUUACUGGCACAGUCGCUGUCUCCUACGCGGAGCACACACGCUUCACUUUCUACGAGAGGUCUGCGUCUAAGGGUCUGGAGCAGAUGAACAGGGAGGUCAAGAAUAGAUUCUAUGGUAACAACCUUGUUUUGCUCUGGAGCUUCACAGACAAGUUCACGCCCAAGUUACGGCUGGAGAGCCCGCAUGAAGUGCACUCACUGGCGUUCUGCCCCACGGACGGCGAUCUUCUGGUGGGAGGACUCGCCUGUGGCCAGAUUGUGGUGUGGGACUUGGCGGGUCGGCUGGAGCGCGUGGAGCAGCGCGAGCAGCUGACGGAGAAACAGCAGGCGCACCGCACCGCCAUGAUGGCCCACCUGGCGUUCAUGCGGCCGCUCGCGCCGGCGCACAUCGUGGCGCCCGCCUUCGUCUCCUCCAUUGAGUUCUCCCAGGAUUCCUCCAUCACGCACAUCCAGUGGAUCUGCCCGCGCUGGACGGUGACUAAGCAAUCAUCUUCAGACAUGAGAAUAAGCAAAGAACAGGAAAUUGCCCAGUCGUCAAGCAGUGUACAGUCUCCGUACAUAGAAGGUACUAGGGUAGUGCUAGCUCGCAUCGUGCCGCAGGUGUCGAACCGCGGCAAGCUGGCGUCUGUGGUUGAGGACGCUUCGCCGUCGCUGGCGCUGCUGACGGGCUGCGAGGACGGCACGGUGGCGCUGUGGGACCUGGAGGCCCGCCAGCCGACCGUCGAGACGGCGCUGGUGCAGCCCAAGGCUCGCGGCGGCCGCAAGGCGCGCAUGCGGCCAGCCGCGCUGGACGCGGACGCCCCUCGCUACCGGCCGCUGCACCUCGUGCUCAGGCCGCAGUUCAGCGUCAUCAACCAGGCGCCCGACGACGCCAGCCCGACUCCCGUCUCCUGCAUAGCCUUCGACCCGCCGUUCGGCCGGUGCGAGCUGCCGGAGGGCGAGGGCGCAGAGCCGCGCCAGCAGCUGGGCAUGGGCACCGCCACGGGCGCCGUGCUGCGCCUCGCCUGGGACGGCAUCGAGACGCGCUCGGGCGCGCCCGUCGACUCGCAGGCGGGCACCUACCUGUGGCACGCCACGCUGCACGACGGGCCCGUCUCCUGCAUCGCGCGCAACCCCUUCUGCAACGAGGUGCUCGCCAGCGCCGGCGGCCACGUCUGGGCGCUCUGGAGCGACACGUACGAGCCGGGCGGGCAGCCGCUGCUGUGGCGCUGCAACACGGCGCCGGUGUCGUGGUGCGCGUGGUCGGUGCACCGGCCGUCGCUGCUGCUGGUGGCGCUGGCGGACGGCUCGCUGCAGGCCUGGCACCUGCGCGACAGCACGAGCGCGCCGGCGCUGGCGCAGAGCAUCUCCGGCCGCGUGCUCAACACGGUCUGCCCGCACCACCUGCCCCUGGCCAGGGACGUGGUCGCCGUCGCGGACUACAACGGUUCGCUGCGCGUCUUCAUCCUGCCACCCGGCUUCGCCUCCGACGUCUCGCACGGCAAUGUCGAGAAGGAGCGCCUCAAGCUGCGAGAAUUUGUCACAAGGGAGCAGCACCGGCGGCAAGCGCAGCGGGAGUGGGUGACGGAGUGGCUGGAGGGGUACGCGGCGGCGCAGGCGCUGCUGGAGGCGGCGCAGCGCGCGCAGCGCGAGGAGGAGGAGAGGCGGGAAAUAGAGGCCGCCCAGGAGGAGAUGGCGAUGCCGCGCCGCGUCGACCGCGCCAAGUGGCUCGACAUGGAGUACCAGCGCCUGCUCAAGGCCAAAAAACCUGCACGUUUUGCUGUGGGUGACACAGAGGUGGAGCAACAUGGUGCAGACAGGUUUCGACGGAGGUACCUGUCCCGUGUAGGCGGCGGGGCAGCACGAGAGGGUGGUGGGCUAUCAGAAGCACAGAAGCCUCUGCAGCAGCUCAGGGAACAGGAGCGCCUCAAGAGGCAGCGAUUGAAGGCCAGGCAACGUGACAGGUCCAACAUACUGGCCAACACACUCGCACUUGCCUUCCCAGAUAUGGCCAGGGUGGAGACCCAGGUGGAGGAAGCCAUACUCGAAGAGGUGCAGUCAGAGCGCCAGAUUGAAGAACUCAAGAUGCUCUUCAUUGAAGACUACCAGGACUGUGAGGAGGAUGCUUUGAAUAUUAUCACAGAACAUGGCUUUGAAUAUGAGUUUGACUGGUUAAAAUUUCUUGCUGAAGGUGAACUGCGGCAUAGGAUUUUACAUGGACAAAUUGGUGUUGAUACUACAGAUAACAUGAUGUUUUCAGAUAUGAAUGUACUUGUUGGUAGGAGAGCAGCUCCACCUGAAGCUAUGGAAACUAUAGAAGAACAAUUAGCAAGUGAAGAACAAGAAAAACCUGAAGAAUCUGAAGAACCUGAUUUACUUGAAGCAGACCAGUAA